AUGGUUGGUGUUUUUUACUUUGUUUCGCAUAAAGCUCAGUUGUUUUUGCUAUCUGAAAGGAUAGGCUUGUGGUUUCGAUCCCUCAAUGCAAGUCCAAAAAGAGCUUGCAAUUCUGCAAUAUUUUUGGAUCUCGGUCAAAACGCGGAAGAUCAUAUGGGAAUGUUUGUGUGGCGUGAAGUCUCUGUCGAUGGUGAUAUCUACAAUAUAAGGGAAACGAGGUCUUCAACAAAACGGGGGGAGUUGUUGGCGGGUGAAACCAAUCAUUUCCAGCCUCAAAUUCAUAAUCCACUGAAAUCACUGACAGGACUUGGAAAUUUGAUUUAUAGAGUGAAACAUUUUUGA